CAUCCUUCUCUCGAACGAACGAACAAACAUGUCGAUCGACUGCAACUGCGACACCUCCGAGGCCCGCAAGUGGUGGAGGGAGCUGUCCCUCGAGUUCAUUGGGACCUCGCUCUACGUCGGCGUGGUGGCUACAGCCGCCACCGCUGGAUCGGGCUCUGCGUCUGUGGCGGGACUUGCGCUCAUCGGUCUGCUGUACAUGGUGCAGGAGGCAUCGUCGGAUGGCUUUGGGCACUUUAACCCUGCGGUGACGACAGCGUUUGCGCUCGCCGGCGAGAGCUCGCUGGUGCUUGCGAUUAUGCUGGUUGUGGUGCAGUUUGUGGGCGGCAUUGCCGGCGGUCUGCUGGCGUGGAUGUUUGUGUCCGAGUCUGGCCGCGACGUGCUCAACCUCGGUGUCUCGGGCGUGCCCGACUCAUACCGCGGCGGCAACAACUACACGCUGUUCAACGGGAUCAUGCUUGAGUUCUUCCUCUCGGGCGCGCUGGCGACGGCGUUCUACGUCCUCUACUCGAAGAAGAAGCAGCAGACGUUCAAGUCGACGGCGCCGCUCGCGCUCGGCCUCUUUGUGCAGUCGCUUGUCACGGUUGCCGCGCCGCUGACCACGUCGAUCUUCAACCCGGCGUACUCGCUCGGCACGUCGAUCAUCUCGGGCGAGUUUGACGACUUCUGGGUCUUCCUUGUCCUGCCGUUUGCCGGUGCCGCCCUCUUUGUUCUCGGCUACAAGUGGACCUUUAUCGACGAGGACUGCUUCUGCUGCGCCGGCGGCGCCCGCCACUCGUACUCGGACGCCAUCGACGACGAGUACACCUACGACCAGGCCUCGGCCUCGGCCUCGUACUAA